ACUGGGAGGGCUAGGCGAUUUCGCGAAAAUCAAAUAAAUUCGCGAUUUACAGGGGAAAACAACAAAUGUAACUACAAUAAUGUUAUCUGGGACCAUCCUCGAUAAGGCGUGUGGGCGCCAAAAUCGUUUCCCGUCUAAAUAAAGUCGCUUAGCGACGAUCAGUCCGCUUGAUUUGGCGAACUUGUUUUCACGCUAAUUUGUGGUUUGGGAUCAUGUUGAAAUUUAAAAAGAUGGGUUCAGAUAAAGUGCCGCUGCUCUUGGUUACCGCCAACGUGGGAUCUAUCUUCGAGGACCCAUCAGUGAUGCUGCCGAUAUGGACGUCGGAGUUCCUAGCAGCCGUCUCAAGAAUGGAUCCGAAAUUCAUAGCGUUGCACCUUCAGGAGGUGGGCGGGAAGGCCUAUGAGAAGUCCAUGCAGUACGUGAAGGACUUCGUGGAGAGGCUCUGCUCUUGUCCCGAGCUCAGAUUGUACGACAAGAUCCGGAUUUUCCUUGAUGAAGACUUCAGCUCUCCUGACAAGUUUACGGCUCUAGGCAACCUGUACUUCGCCCACUCGUCACUUACGGAGUUGAAGAUAUGGGAGUGGGAGCAGAAAGCGUACGUGGAUGUGACCGGCAAGGAGGUGCACAGCGGCAACAUCGAGCUGGUCACCACCAAGGAAAAGGCCAAGUUCCCCCAGCACUUCUUCCCUGAGUGCAAGUGGUCUCGCAAGGGCUUUCUGCGCACGCGCUGGAUGAUCCGCGGCACGGCGGUGGAGUUCGUCAACAUACAUUUGUUUCACGACGCUUCUAACCUCUUAGCUAUGGAGCCCUUUCCUUCUGUGUACGUGCGCAGUCGCCGCCGCGCCCUGCGCCACACGCUGCGCCACCUCCACUCGGACGCGGCGGCUGCGCCAUACUUCAUCUUUGGGGACUUCAACUUCCGUACCGACACCAAUGGCGUUGUCAAGAAAAUAACAGAAGAAUUGACAGCGUGUCGCCUCCAGAACGGCACGAGCGUGGAGUCAAGCAAGCUGCAGUACAGGGCGACGGCCGACGACCGGCUGGUGCUGACCAUCGGCAAGAAGGAAUUCUCCCACGCGGACCACCAGAAGAUAUUCCGAGAGCCUUGGCUACAACGCUUCGACCGCGAGCUGGAGGCACUGAGGCCGCACCUAUACGAGUUCCCUGUGAAGUUCCCUCCCUCCUACCCCUUCGAGGAGGACGUCGAGCAACCCACACAUUACAUGAAGACCAGAUGUCCGUCGUGGUGUGAUAGGAUCCUGCUGUCCCAGUCGGCGCGGCUGUUGGUCCAGAGCCAGGACUCGCGCACUGGGGAGAACAGACACUUGCACAACUCCAGGAAAUCGGUAACGGACUCUACGGACAGCAGUGGACGAGUGUCAUCAUCAGACAGUAGCCCAGCCAGAUCCGGCUCGCCGGCGAGGCAGAACCAUCAGUCGAGUCCAAACAAGACAUUGGAGAAGAAAAGCAGCGCGGCGGAGCUGGACGCCCUGGCCGUGCCGGGCAUCGGAGUCAGCCGCAAGAGCAUCGCCGACCCCACCGCCGUGCAGCAGGCGAUACAGGCCAGGGUGGCGGAGUCGGAGGGCGGGUCCCCGGCGCGGCGCAAGCUGGUGCGCAACCAGUCGGAGGGCUCGGGCGGCGACGGCGUGUCGGCCGAGCUGCGCCGCCUCGUGGACGCGCCUGCGCGGCGCCGGGCCGACUACGGCGUCAUGGGCGCCGCCAGCUGCAUGGGGGACCACAAGCCGAUCUACCUGCGCGUGCAGCUGCAGAGCGAGCGAGGUACAGUAGCGUGGUGCCCGGCGCUGCCCUGCACGCUGUGCCAGCCCUCCACCCUCCCCCUCCUGCCCCGCCUGGCGCGGCUGCCCACCGACCCGGACCUAUACGCCAACAAACACAUACGCAGGCAGAUCUCCUCCAGCCACCCCGACAGACUCUCCGACGACUACCGACUCAAAAGAACGCGAACUGGCUCUUUAAACGAGAAAAUUCUACGAAUUCCCGACGUCGAGAUCACUAGCGCGGACUAUACUAGCUACGACGGCAUUUUUGUCAAUGAUAUAGACACUUCCCUGUUGUGUGCGAGGCCCUGUCUAGAUCCUUAUACGCCUGAGAGCGUAGAAUCGCACACGCCUAACGUAGAAGCCGCUUCCACCGGCUCUGAAGACUUAUCCAACGAAAUAAUAGACGUGUUAGGCCCGAAAAUCGACAUAAAAACCGUUAAACUCACUCGCGACCGAAGCGUCUCCCCGACGCAACUGAAAAGUAGACUAGACAUGCUGCUAAAUGACCAAAGUACGGUUAAAAAUCCGUUGGAAAGAUUAAAUAGUAGGGAGUCGUGUAAGUCGGAGUCUAGUAAGAAAGGUGGUCUGUGCUGUCUUGCGCUAAAAUGCUACGGAUUUUGUCGGAGGAAAAUGAAAUGUGAUUGCGCUGGGUUGAAAUGCACAUCCUGAGCUUUAGAUGUAGUGUAGUUUUGUUUUAAAAACUCUGUCUCUUUUGAUGCAAAAAAAGUUCGGGAUUUUAGUCUAUGGUUGGAAAGAAACCAUAAAUAACAGUUUUACUUGUUUGUUUGCGUUUAUUUCAAACAGUUUUUAAAAAGUUAUAAUAAGAAAUAAGUCAAUAUUUUUGGUUUUUGAAAGCGACAAGGGUGUUUAAUAGUUUUUUUUAGAAAUUCUGUUGAGAUAGACUAAAAAUCUCCAACCUUUUUUUUUUUUUCAAAUAAGAUAGAGUGUAAUUUAGCUGAAAAGAGUAGAAAUUAGGUUUACUUUUUUAACUCUGACAACAUUCCUUAUAAUUUUUAUCGUUAGUCAUCUAGUUUACGUAGUUGGUUUAGGUAUUCAUUAGUGUUGCCAGUAUAAAAAAAACAGGGACCACAUUUCUACUCUUUUUUCGAAGACGCAAUGUAGUUUUAAUGAAUUUGCGAUGAAAGAAUGCGGGGAAAGUAAAAACACCGGAAUUUUUAUCAGUAAUUUUGUAAAUAUAGAACUGAAAUUCAAAAGCAUUGUACAAAUCGAUGAUUGAGUAAAAAGUAUGUCGUUCUCUUUGCUUAAAAUCACUUCAAGAAUCUCACGUUAUUAUUUAUUUCUGGCAUCACAAUUUACCAUCUUAAAUAUGCUGCGGUUUUUUUGAGUGAGUGAACGACUAAGUUCAAAUGGAAUUUAUUAUAACGAAUUUUCACAGCUGCGGCAACACUGAAAAGCUUUUAAAAUGGCGAUUACCACGCAACGUAACAAAAAAAUAAAAGUAAGUAGUACUUAAGAGCCAGGCAGGAUGGCCACUACUGCAGGAAUCCAUUUCGAAAUUUAAAUAUAAUUUAAAUAUUCCUAUCGUGUUUAAAUUUCGAACUGUAAGAAGAUUGCCAGUUUGAGUAUUUCGAAGAUUUCGAACAGUUUACAAUGAGGUUAUGUGCUUUGGAAUUUCGUCUGUUUUCUCAUUAAAUACGUAAGUAAUUAAAUGCAAUAUUAAUUUGUUUUUAUACAAUUACAAAUAGAUCGUUACUAAUAAGUGUGAAUGUAACUUUAUAAAAUAUUUUUACUUUUCCCGCGUUUUAAAACACGACUGCUUAAAUUAUGUUUUUGACUUCGAUGUUGCUAUCUACAUGAUCUGAUAUUUUUUAUUUCCAUUUUAUUGCAUUUCAAUAAUAUAAUAAUAAUUGUAUUAUUUUAGUAAUAACGCGUCUUAACCAUUAUUGUGAAUAGAACAAAGUGAUGGUAUUUUUACCAUCAAUUAUAUUGACUUCGAUUUGCAAAAUAUAUUUUUUAUUUUUGCAUGGACUUAGGUUUUCAAAGCAUGGUGUUAUAAUCUUAAAUGAAUAAUAUUUAUAAGGUAGGUACUUAUUUUAAGUGAUGAAGUUGACAAAUGUUCCGCUUGAGGGCAAAUACUACUAAAUUAACGCGCGCAAAUAAAAAAAAACCUUUUUGCAUUGCGGACUUGGAUUUCAAUCCAAACAUGGGCAUUAUAAAUCAUAAUGGGGACAAAAAAUCUCUAAAUAAUUUGAAAAAAGAAACAAUUUUUUUUUAAUUAAACUAAGUACGUAGAAGUUAUUAAAAAGUUGUCUUCGAAUGUUCUUAAAAAUGGUAUAAGUUUUAAAUAAACUUUAUUAGAAUUCUAAGUCCCUGUACAUUCUUAAACUUACGUAUUUUAGUGUCGAUUCAGGCGAACUGGGUUUAAUUUAGUUUGGCCGUUUUAACUAGCGCUGUUUCAUUCUUGCACUAGGAAUGAGUACAGGACAGCACUAUUUUGAAGUAUCAAAAAUUCAAGACAAUAUUAUUUUAGAGUUGUCAAAACUAAAUUCUAAUCUAAUUUCAAUUUUAAGUGAAAAACAUGCACUAUUUACAGGUACUAUUUUUUUAGGACCGUACUAUUUUUAAAACUUAAAUUAAAUUAAAAUGCAAGUGUACGGGUACUGCCAAAGGCAAACUAAACAUACAUUGACUUUGACGUCGGAAUCGACAUUAUUAAGAUCUUAAAAAUAAAUUAAAAUAAUAUAAAAUUACUAGACCGAUUUUCAUGUGGUUCUAACUAGUCGUCAGCACAGCUGUCACGGAUAUUUUGCAGAUAUUAAAGCUCAAUGCAAAGAUACAUAAUACGUAGAUCUAAUAUUAUUUAACAAAAAGUGUUACCAUUUAAAAAUAAUUUUGUAUUAGUUCCUAUCCUAUAUACGUCAAAAAUAAAAUGUGGCAACUUUUAUUAGCAAAGAAUAAUAAAUAAAUGAUUAAUUUAGAAAAUUCCUAGAUACAUUUUGUAACUAACAUUUUUGUUCUUCAUUACAUUUCAAAAAGUUAACGAUAAUUUCGAAAUCUAUACAAAUAAAUCAAAUAAAAAAAUAAUGGUGACAUGUUAAAAAAUAAGCUGUGCUUUUUUAUUUCUUAUAUAAAUUAUACCAAAUGGUUAAAAUAAAUAAUAUCUAGUCUAGACACCCUCAAGUGCAAUCUUAAAGAAAUUUUCAAAAUACUUUUAUCUUUUUUAAUAGUAAUAAAGACUUAGUGCUUUGGUGACAGCAUCUUAAUUUAAAAAAUAUAAUAAAUAAUAUUUUAAAAAUAGAAUUACUUGUGAAUUACUUAAAUAUAAUUCGUGUGUUUACGUUGGCUUAUUUAGAUUUGAAAAGUAACCGAAUAACGUUCUUUCUCUGCGUGAAAUUAAUAAUCAAUAAAUCAAAACGUAAUAUCAAAAAAAAAUUUUUUUCAACCAAAAUUGAUACAAAUAUUGGACCCACGUAAAACUGCGUAAAAUUAUUAGAUCAUAAAAAUAAAAUGUAUAUAGGUAAUUUAUCAAAAUGUUUAUUAUAAUGAGUCAAAUCUAUGUCAAACGUAUGUUUAAUUCAAUUUAUUUUAAUUAUAUAUCAAAAUAUAUAAUAUACUAUAGAAUGACACAGAAACAAUCUACUAAUUUCAAUAAAAUCUAUUCAAUACAAAAACGCUUUAUUGCAAAAACACGCAAGAAAAAUACCAAUUACAGAUAGGCGGCCUUAUUGCUAAACAGCAAUUUCUUCCAGGCAACCUUAGGCGAAAGAAGCUGUCCUAUUCCACCUUUUCUUUAUAAUUAUGCAUUAUACAUUAAUCAGAAUUAUUUAUUCAACGUAAUUAUCAUGAAUAGACUUGUUGAAAGUCAAUGUAACAUUUUUGAAUUUACGACAUUUUGCAAGGAGUAUAUUUAAAAAAAAAUCAUUAAAAAUAGGAAGUUUUGAUGUAGUCAUCAUGUUUAUUAAUAAGACUGGUCGUAAUUAUUGUAGUGCACAUUGCUCUUAACUCAUUUAGAACGUAAUGCACAAGUAUUUAAAAUGUACAUCAGAAAUAUAUGAUAGCUUUCGAAAGUACAUAUAUUUUGACGCCUUCAACCCGUCAAAAUUUUAAAAAUAUUUAAAGAAAUAUUACGUAAUUAUCAAUAAAUAUAGCUGAAUAACAUAAUUAUAUAUACUUUUAUUUUUUUAAAUAAAUACUUUUUUCCAAAUUUAAAUUAAAAGAAAUGUUUUACAUAAACCGGUUCUUUCCGUCGAUAAAUAUGUUUUUUUUUUUUAAAUAAAACUUGUCAUAUAUUUUUGGUGCUACCAUAAAGUAGGUUUAAUCCACAUAGUGUGACGAGGUGCUUGUUAUUAUUUUUAAUAAAUGUUCCGCACUGA